GGUUACCACUGUGUUGUUAUGUAGCUACUAAAAACAUCUAAUCAUGCUCAUGUUAAAAUAGUGUUUUAACCGUGAACAAAGGCACUUUAGUAAUAUUUCUGAGACGGCGUGAGGACUGACAACCUCUCCAACUGUGUGGUUGGACUGUCGUUUCGACUCCACUGUGUGUUUCUGUGCUGAUUCGAGGCCUUGUCGCAAAGUCUCCUGCAACCGGCCGGGAUUUCAUGUUGAAGUUGUCUGAGUUUUGGUCAAAUUAAGUGUUUUCCGUGUCGGAAGAUGGACACUGACAAGUUUAACUAUGUCUACAGCUGUGACCUGGACAUCAACGUGCAACUUAAAAUUGGCAGUUUGGAAGGAAAGCGAGAACAGAAGAGCUACAAAGCACUGCUGGAAGACCCGAUGCUGCGGUUCUCUGGACUCUACCAAGAGAACUGCUCAGACCUCUACGUUACCUGCCAGGUGUUUGCUGAAGGAAAACCCCUCGCGCUGCCUGUUCGGACAUCAUACAAAGCUUUUAGUACACGUUGGAACUGGAACGAGUGGCUGCGGCUCCCUGUCAAGUACCCCGACCUUCCUCAGAGUGCUCAGGUUGCUCUCACAGUGUGGGAUAUCUACGGGCCUGGCAAAGCCAUACCUGUCGGAGGAACCACCGUCACCCUGUUUGGCAAAUAUGGUAUGUUCCGGCAAGGGAUGCAUGACCUGAAAGUUUGGCCGGGUGUGGAGGGGGAUGGAGGAGAGCCCACCACCACGCCGGGACGCACCAGCAGCAGCCUGGCAGAGGAUCAGAUGGGCAGACUCGCAAAGGGCCCUGACCUGGAGGUACUCAGUGAUCUGACGAAGGCUCAUCGGCAAGGCCACAUGGUGAAGGUGGACUGGCUGGACCGGCUCACCUUCAGAGAGAUCGAGAUGAUCAAUGAGAGUGAAAAGCGCAGCUCCAAUUUCAUGUACCUCAUGGUCGAGUUUCCUCGUGUCAAAACAAAUGAUAAGGAGUACAGCAUCGUCUACUAUGAAAAGGAUGGGGAUGACUCAUCGCCCGCACUUACCAGCUGUGACAUCGUCAAAGUCCCUGACCCUCAGAUGGGGAUGGAGAACCUGGUGGAGAGUAAGCAUCACAAACUGGCUCGUAGCCUUCGCAGCGGCCCCUCAGAUCACGACCUGAAGCCAAACGCUGCCACACGUGACCAGCUCAAUAUCAUCGUGAGCUACCCUCCAACCAAGCAGCUGAGCUCUGAAGAGCAGGACUUGGUAUGGAAGUUCAGACACUACCUCACCACGCAGGAAAAGGCCCUGACAAAGUUCCUCAAGUGUGUGAACUGGGAUUUACCCCAGGAGGCCAAGCAGGCUCUGGAGCUGCUGGGGAAGUGGAAGCCCAUGGAUGUGGAGGACUCCCUGGAGCUGCUAUCGUCGCAUUUCACCAACCCGACAGUGAGGCGCUACGCUGUGGCGCGUCUGCAGCAGGCUGAAGAUGAGGACCUGCUGAUGUACCUUCUCCAGCUGGUGCAAGCGCUCAAGUACGAGAACUUCAGCGAUAUCCAGGGAGGCUUGGAGCCAGGCAGCAAGAGAGACAGCCAGGGACUUUCAGAUGACUCCACGCUGGACAGUUCCCAGAUUCUUUCUGGCACAUCUGCAUCAUUCACUGCUCCACAGCAAAAAGGAAAGGAUGGACCUGACAGUGAUAAUCUAGAGCAAGAUCUGUGUACGUUCCUCAUUUCUCGGGCUUGUAAGAACUCUACACUUGCCAACUACUUGUACUGGUAUGUGAUCGUGGAGUGUGAGGACCAGGACACGCAGCUGAGAGACCCCAAAACCUACGAGAUGUAUCUGAACGUCAUGAGAAGGUUCAGCCAGGCUUUACUAAAGGGUGAUAAGAGUGUGAGAGUCAUGCGGUCUCUAUUGGCUGCCCAGCAAACAUUUGUGGACAGACUAGUUCAGCUGAUGAAAGCGGUCCAAAGGGAGAGUGGGAAUCGCAAAAAGAAGACGGAGCGCCUGCAGGCUCUGCUGGCCGACAACGAGAAGGUGAACCUCUCAGAAAUCGAGCCGAUUCCUCUUCCUCUGGAGCCUCAGAUCAGGAUCAAAGGCAUCGUUCCAGAGACGGCAACACUGUUCAAGAGUGCUUUGAUGCCGGCCAAGCUGAUCUUCAAAGCUGAGGAUGGAGCCAUGUACCCCGUCAUCUUUAAACAUGGAGACGAUCUAAGACAAGAUCAGCUUAUCCUGCAGAUCAUAUCCCUCAUGGACAAACUGUUGAGGAAAGAAAACUUAGAUCUGAAGCUGACACCAUACAAAGUUCUGGCCACCAGCACCAAGCACGGUUUUAUGCAGUUUGUCCAGUCUGUUCCGGUCGCUGAAGUUUUGGCUACAGAAGGCAACAUUCAGAGCUUCUUCAGAAAGCACGCACCCAGUGAAAAAGGGCCCUAUGGCAUCAGCUCCGAAGUGAUGGACACUUACGUCAAGAGCUGCGCUGGUUACUGUGUCAUCACUUACAUCCUGGGAGUUGGAGACAGACACCUGGACAACCUGCUGCUGACAAAAACCGGGAAACUCUUCCACAUCGACUUCGGCUAUAUCCUGGGCCGAGACCCCAAACCCCUGCCUCCGCCCAUGAAGCUGAGUAAAGAGAUGGUGGAGGGGAUGGGAGGCAUGCAGAGCGAGCAGUACCAGGAGUUCAGGAAGCAGUGCUACACCGCCUUCCUUCACCUUCGCAGAUACUCCAACCUGAUCCUGAAUCUGUUCUCUCUCAUGGUGGAUGCCAAUAUCCCCGACAUCGCCCUGGAGCCCGACAAGACUGUUAAAAAGGUGCAGGAUAAAUUCAGAUUGGACCUAUCGGACGAGGAGGCGGUUCACUACAUGCAGAGUCUGAUCGAUGAGAGUGUGGGAGCUUUGUUCGCUGCUGUGGUUGAGCAGAUACACAAAUUUGCCCAGUACUGGCGCAGAUGAGCAGAACGGGCGGCUGACACGAGGCUGAACUGGAUCAAAGUGCAGCACGAACGCACAAUCAUGCGACUCUGGCCCGUCUGAUUGUGUGAAGAUGAAGAAGUCCAGAGACACUGUUGAAAAGGCCAAGAAUGCACUGCCAACCUUCACUGCAAGAUGGCAAAACGAGGACAUGUGCACCUUUGUUUGCUUUUGUAUAUAUCUUGUAUAUUAAUUGCUGAAUGAAUGAGCGAAAUGUGAGGCCAAAUAAAAGACUGUUGUUACAACUAAA